GUUGUGUAAUGGGCCUAAAACCCGAAUUUACUCUUUCGUCUUCUUCUCACCAUCGAAUUGCAGACAGAACACCAGCAACAGCAGCAGCCGCCAAAGGCGAAGAGAGUGAGAAUGGUGUCAGGUUCAGGGAUCUGCGCGAAGAGGGUGGUGGUGGAUGCGCGCCACCACAUGUUGGGUCGGCUUGCUUCGAUCGUGGCGAAGGAGCUUCUCAACGGCCAGAAAGUGGUGGUGGUUCGGUGUGAGGAGAUUUGCAUGUCUGGUGGUCUCGUCAGGCAGAAGAUGAAGUACAUGAGGUUUCUCCGGAAGCGUAUGAACACCAAACCUUCUCAUGGUCCUAUCCAUUUUCGUGCUCCUUCCAAGAUUUUCUGGCGCACUCUUCGUGGGAUGAUACCACACAAGACUAAGCGUGGUGCAGCUGCUCUUGAACGUUUGAAGGUGUAUGAGGGUAUCCCUCCUCCAUAUGACAAGGUCAAAAGAAUGGUUGUCCCUGAUGCUCUCAAGGUGUUGAGGCUUCAGAAAGGACACAAGUACUGCUUGUUGGGUAAGUUGUCAUCUGAGGUCGGAUGGAACUACUAUGAUACCAUCAGGGAGUUGGAAAAGAAGAGAAAGGAUAAAGCACAAGUGCUUUACGAGAGAAAGAAGCAACUCAACAAAUUGAGGGUCAAAGCAGAAAAAGUUGCUGAUGAGAAGCUUGGUUCCCAGCUUGAUAUCCUUGCUCCGGUUAAGUACUGAGUAGUCUUUCUUAGUACUUCAAAGUUGUUAUGCUGACUUAUACCAAAAUUGGAACUGCCUCUAAGUUUUGCUGGCGGUUGUAUUUGUCAUUGGAUCCUAGAUCUGAUAAUCUUGGAGGAUUUUUAUUUUUUUACAUUUGUGCUUUGCAGAAAUUUUGCACCAUCAUAGCCUUCUCUCAAUAGAGUAAUUUUUCAAAAA